GCCGAGCAGCGGCGGGGCGGAGGCUCAGCGACGCGGGCAGGGGGCGUCCGCGCGUCCGCGCCCUCGGGCGGCAGAGUCGCCCCGGCCCCAGCAGCCACCCCCGCCGGCCGCGCGCCGGGCGCAGGCUUGGACUUCCUAAAAAAAAAUCCUUUCACAGUGACCAACCUCACUUGCUAAUAUGACAUAAAGCAGCUUUUUCCACCCUACCCACAGUGACUUUUGCCAGACGUGGAGUGGUGGGCACAGGUGGCCUGGUAGUGUGCGAGUGCCGCCCGUGGCAGGAGCCGAGGAACAGUGGCAGCCAUGCCUCCUCCUGCCCCAGCUGCCCCUUCGCCCCCGCGCUAACCUGCAUGGUGUGGGUGCCCUUGGGACCCCAGAGGACUGACUGUCUGACCCUGCUUCACACCCUCCACAACAACUCUCCCAAGAUGUCGCUCGAGUGGCUGGUGGCCUGGAGCUGGUCACUGGAUGGCCUGAGGGACUGCAUCGCCACGGGCAUCCAGUCCGUAAGGGACUGCGACACCACCGCUGUCGUCACCGUGGCCUGCCUGCUGGUCCUGUUCGUGUGGUACUGUUACCACGUGGGCCGGGAGCAGCCCCGGACCUACGUCUCCGUGAACUCCCUCAUGCAGGGCACCGACGCCAACGGGCUGCAGAACGGGUACGUGUACUGCCAGGCCCCUGAGUGUGUACGCUGCACCCACAACGAGGGACUCAACCAGAAACUCUACCACAACCUGCAGGAGUACGCCAAGCGCUACUCCUGGUCCGGCAUGGGCCGCAUCCAUAAGGGCAUCCGCGAGCAGGGCCGCUACCUCAACAGCCGGCCCUCCAUCCAGAAGCCAGAGGUCUUCUUCCUGCCCGACCUCCCCACCACGCCCUAUUUCUCCCGGGACGCCCAGAAGCAUGACGUGGAACUGCUGGAACGGAACUUCCAGACCAUCCUGUGCGAGUUCGAGACCCUCUACAAAGCUUUCUCAAACUGCAGCCUCCCGCAGGGCUGGAAAAUGAACAGCACCCCCAGUGGGGAGUGGGUCACCUUUUACUUGGUCAAUCAGGGGGUGUGUGUUCCCAGGAACUGCAGGAAGUGCCCACGGACGUACCGCUUGCUCGGAAGCCUUCGGACCUGUAUUGGGAACAAUGUGUUUGGGAACGCGUGCAUCUCCGUGCUGAGCCCUGGGACUGUGAUAACGGAGCACUACGGACCCACCAACAUCCGCAUCCGCUGCCAUUUAGGUCUGAAAACUCCAAGUGGCUGUGAGCUGGUGGUGGGGGGCGAGCCCCAGUGUUGGGCAGAAGGCCGCUGCCUGCUCUUUGAUGACUCUUUCCUACACACCGCUUUCCAUGAAGGUUCAGCAGAAGAUGGCCCAAGGGUGGUUUUCAUGGUGGAUUUGUGGCAUCCAAAUGUCGCUGCGGCUGAACGGCAGGCCCUGGAUUUCAUCUUUGCUCCAGGCCGAUGAGAACAUUUGCGGUGCUGGGGUCGGCAAGAAUGGCCGUGGGUCAGCCCGGGCAGGCUUGGUACUGUCCGGCGCCCACCCGCAGUAACGAUUCCAUGCUCAGAAACCUGCCUCAACAGAAAGCUCUUAUUUGGGAUUGUUAUCCCAUGUUGGGUCCCUCUUCCCUUUGGUUAUUGUAAGUGGGAAAUUUUCAGCUUGUAUUCCCUUGCGUUUUUUUUCCUCCCAAUCAUUUGCUUCUGCGGUUCCUUUCUGCCUGAUGGCGCAUUACUUUGCUCGGUGUGACCAGAGGCUCGGUAGCCCUGUUGUCUGUGUCACGUUGCUACUUGGUUUUUUCAGUCCUCUGAAAUAGAGUCAUCAAAUGGUUAUUUGUCUGAAUGUAAAAUCACGUAAAACUUCUUGUGGUCGCCUUCAAAGAAAACAACAGAAACACAACACUGCAAACCAGAGCGCUGAAGAACUUGGCCUCUGCUGCUGCCACAGUUACACAGGGAACCCCUCAGCCCCCCGAGGGCAGGGGGAGAGUCUGCAGUCCUGGCAUCCAGCCGCUUCUUUGGCAGGGUGGACACGGUCAGGGGCAGCGCACAGUGUCACGGCCUGGGGAAAUGUCACCAUCUGCUCACCCCACCCCAUGCCCUGUCAGGUCCCUGACGGUAGAGAGCAUUUGGCUGGUGGGACUGGAGGCCUUUUUGUAAUACUGCUUUCCUUCAAAGCCGAGGCUGGUGUCCUCAAGAGCCCAGGUGGGGCUCCCAUGGGUCAGCUACAGAACGUGUGAUUCACUUACCUCACUGCCUACAGAAGCCCUACUGCCAAAUCAGGCCCGGACAGUUCCCUAUUUUAACUGUUUUGAUGAUGAACUUCGAGAUCACCAGGUUGGCCGAUUGCAGCUGUGGCGGGAUAAGACCUCACUCAUCCGGUGACGUUCUGGAAAGUUUCUCUGGCAAAACUGGAAUCAUAGAUCUGACCAAAUGUCUAUUUUGUUUUGGAGUUCUGUUGCCUAUGAUUUUCCAUUUCUUUGUCUGUACAUAAAUGUCCAAACGCUGGACUCGGAGAGAGUGGAAGAGUCAGCCCUGUGUCUUGUCAUUGCACAAGGUGUGUGCUGAGUGACAGCAGCCUAAGCCAACGUGUGAGCGAAGACACUGGGAAGACGUACAGACCCAAAGGACCCAUAGUCACGGUGCUGGCUUUUUGGUCUCCUGUGAAGGACAUGGCCAAUUUGAGGCACUAAGUCUAGAAACAGCCUCCUGUGAGGCAGUGUAUGAAAAGGCAGCCUUCAGCCAUACUAGAGAUGCCAUUUUUGAAUAAUGUACCGUGGCCGUGUCCGAUGGAUGAGCUGUGGAGCUUGUCACAUGUGCAGGGACAGUGUUUCUAUCCGAAUGGAAACCAACAGCUUCUGGUUUCCAGAACAACCUCCAGAAAUAAACAUCUGAAACCCACUGGCAAUUACUAGCAAGUAUGCAGAGUAAACGUGUCUACAGUUGAGUAAAAUUUCUACAAGAUAUUUUUCAGUGAUUAGAAUGCAGGAACGGGCAGACAUUUCAAAACACCUGAAGUAUUUUUACUCAUUAAGUAUUUGUUAAAGAAUCACUGAGGUGCAUGAUUUCUGUACAUACCAACUGCUCUACGUUUACAAAGCCAAGAGCCCACACAGGUACCUGGCUGCCUGUGCUCAUGUGACAUGGUUGAGGAACAGGAGGUAAAUAAAGGAUCUUGCUGUAAACCAGAGUGAAAUGGUCAAGUUGUCUAUUGGGAAGAAGAUGUGACUUGGGCAGAAGCCCUGAGAGGGGCACACGUGUGAGUUCGAGGCUCUUGGUUUUUCGAUUGUGUCACAGUGACAUGGGGGACCCUAAAAGUGACCCAUAUAGUGAAUGAAGCAACAUGGAGUUCUAAAAUAAUGGGUGUGGGGCGGGAGGCCGGGGGGAACAAGCAAAUCUAUGGACUGCGGGUGUCCCCCUGGGCAAAGAGCAAGGACUUUGGCUUCAGGAAAGCUGAGGAUUUGGAACUCAGUGCCAGGAGCUCGUUCCCAUGCGACCUUGGGCAGGUUACGGAGACUCUGGGAGCCUGUUUGCUCCACUGUAGAGAUGGUACCUGGCACAUAAAGCAACGAUGUUGGUUCCCUUUCUGCGGUCCCAGUGAUUCUAAGCAGUUACAGAGAAAUAGGCGAGGAGGGAGGAUGGGUAAGGAAGAGACGAACACAUUUGGUCAGGCGUAGUGGUGGCCAGGGGAGCCACUGGCUCCUUUCCAUCGCCUGUGACUAACCACAGGGGGACAAGCAGGUCCCUCAGGAGCUGCUACAUUUUGAAUUGUUUCCCCUUUGUCUUAGAAGAGGGACAGGUGACCCUGGUGGCCUGGAACCUGAGGAGCAGCCUGGCUGCCGGGUGUUUUCCUCUGCACGCCUGCUCCCGGAGCUCAGCCCCGGCUGGGCUGCCACAGCAAACAAGGGAAGGGCACCACUCGGCGGGGGCCGCGAUGUUUCUCACUCCUAAAGUGUGCACUGCCAACUAAGCAACUGCCAAAGUCAUUUACAUGCUACAGCUAAGGCUGCGCAAGGUGACAGAGGAGCCAGCAUGCCCGCCCAGCUUCACAUGAGAAGCCCUUGCCUUCUACUCUGAGAUGGCCCGCAUCAGCUUCGAGGCCAGGCUGCACAAGGUCACAUCCCAGCUCUCCCAGGCACCUGCUCGUCAUCCCCCAGACUCACCUAGGUCGUCUGGGUCCUGAGCCCUUCUUUGGGACAGUGACCCCACUCAUAACACCGAGUGUCCUACAGAAUAUAGUGGAGGAAAGGAAGGUAAUCCUAACCCACUGACUUGGGCUGCACAAUACAGUCACCUGGGGAAUUUUUGAGAAAUACUGAUGCCCACACCCCACCCCCAAAGCAUUUUUUAUUUUUUUUUGGUCAAGGGGUGGGGCCCAGGUCCUGGUAUUUGUUUUAAAUCCUUUCCUGCCCUGAUUCUAAUGUGUAGCUGGGACUGAGGCAUGCUGCCCCGUGUGGCAAGAGAUGGCAAGGCCUUUGAAAUCAGCCAGCUCAAGGUUAGAGCCUGGGCUGUGUCAGACUCUAGGUGUGAUGCCAGGCAGGCCACCUAACCUUGGUCUCUAGGGGACGGCCAGUUUCCUUGCAAGACCAUAACAUUCCUAUUCUCAGUCCUUGGGUUUCCAGGACCUGAUCCAGCCUCAGUUGCAGAGCUGGGCUUAUGAUGCAGACCUGACCAAUCAGAGCCUUCCAAACUCCCACCCACUCAGAGAUUGGGUCAGGGCUGGACUUAUGAUCCAGACCUUGACCAAUCAGAAUCUUCCAAACUACUGGCCACUCAGAAAUUGGGUCAGGCCUGGGCACUCAGAUUGGUUCAGGGCCGGGUACAUGAUCUAAGUUCUUUUGCUGGGACCAUUGAGAAAGGCAACUUUUCACAGGGUGGAGGUGGGGAUCUAGUAUAAAGAAAAUCUAAGAGUGAAAGCCACAGAGAAAAACAGUCCCACCCUGUGGAGAUCAUCUGAGUGGUAACUAUAGCUUUUCCUGGAAUCAGCUCUACCUCUGGAUUUUUCAGUUACAUGAGCCAAUAAGCUCGCUUUUUAGUCUGAAGCCAAGUUUGCGUUGUGGUUUCUAUCCCUUGCCCGCCAAAAGUCCUAAUCCACUCUAUGAGCUUCAUCUAUAAAAAUGAGCCUAAUGCCUACUUUUCAGGCUUCAAGUAAGGUUUGAAUAAGAUAAUAUGUCAAUUUCUGUGUGGAUUGGACGUGCUCCACACAUAUUUUUACAUGUAAAUAGGAGAAGCAAAGGCUAAGUACAAAAUGCUGUUUUUAAGGACCAUCACAUCCUGCUACCAGCACCCUCUCCAGAACAUUUAUCUCCCCAGCUGAAUCUUGCUAACCAGAUGUAAACACGGAACAGGACAGAAUAAGGCCAUAUAUUUUCAAGCUGCAGACAGAUGGCAGUGAAAAUACUCAAGCAGAUUGUAGCAUUAGGUGGCAGGAGGCAACACACACACAGAUGGAUUUACUUUCUGCCUCCUCCCAGGCACACACAUUGGUCCUAACUUCUGAUUGCCUACCCUUCCCUCUUUCCCCACUUCUGAGGCCUUAGCCACCCCGGAUUCAAGGGGAGGGUGUUUCCUCCUGGAGUACAGAAUGCACUGUGCAUUCUAGGAGAUUCCUUCCCAUGCGUCAUUAUCCCACUAAUACGUGUGGCCACACUGGGGUAAGCAGGGACCAUUGUGCACAUUUUACAGGAGAAAACAGGCUCAGAGCGGGCAGCUGAUGUGAAAAAUGGCCGGAGGACGAGCUGGACUUAGAAGCCAAGGGUCCAAGCUUGAAGCGCAGCAGUCUUUUGAACAUUCAGGCCCCAGUCUGCAGAGGGACGCCCCGCACGGGGAUCCCCGAGGGAGGCUAUUCGCCUUCUCAGGACACUUGCACUGAAGUCAUUUUCAGAGGGUCCGCAGUCUGCCACGCCUUUAUGUACGGUACGUUUUCCUCUCCAUUUGAACGAUAACACUGAAAUUCAGAGAAGUCAAGUCACUUGGAUCCGUUUCCAAGGCAAUUCAUCGUGGAGCUGUGAUUGGAACGCAGAGCUCUGACUGAACAAAGCCCACGUGCCUUGAUGCCACAGGACGCAGUGUGGGCUGGCCGGGGAUGAAGGACACACACUCAGAUGAGUGUGUCAGUUGGUCAGCACACGGGAG